GCGGCCGCGGAGGAUGCGGAGGGGCGGCGACGCGGGCCCGACCCAGCCGGGGCGGCGGGGCGGGCACCGCCCGAGGGGGUAGGGCGCGCGCGGGGGCGCGCCGGGCCGGGGAGGCGCGCUCCGGCCGCGCUCGCUCCGCGCUCCCUUCGCUCGCUCCCUCCUCCCUCGGCAGCCGCGGCGGCAGCAGGAGAAGGCGGCGGCGGCGGCUGGGGAUCAGACAUGGCGGCGGAUCUGAACCUGGAGUGGAUCUGCUCCCUGCCCCGGUCCUGGACUUACGGGAUCACCAGGGGCGGCCGAGUCUUCUUCAUCAACGAGGAGGCGAAGAGCACCACCUGGCUGCACCCCGUCACCGGCGAGGCCGUGGUUACCGGACACCGGCGGCAGAGCACAGAUUUGCCUACUGGCUGGGAAGAAGCAUAUACUUUUGAAGGUGCAAGAUACUAUAUAAACCAUAAUGAAAGGAAAGUAACCUGUAAACAUCCAGUCACAGGACAGCCAUCACAGGACAAUUGUAUUUUUGUAGUGAAUGAACAGACUGUUGCAACCAUGACAUCUGAAGAAAAGAAGGAACGACCUGUAAGCAUGAUAAAUGAAGCUUCUAACUAUAAUAUGACUUCAGAUUAUGGAGUGCAUCCGAUGAGCCCUGUAGGCAGAACUUCACGGUCUUCAAAAAAAGUUCACAAUUUUGGAAAAAGAUCAAAUUCAAUUAAAAGGAAUCCUAAUGCACCUGUGGUCAGGCGAGGCUGGCUUUAUAAACAGGACAGUACCGGCAUGAAGCUAUGGAAGAAACGCUGGUUCGUGCUUUCUGACCUUUGCCUCUUUUAUUACAGAGAUGAGAAAGAAGAGGGUAUCCUGGGAAGCAUACUAUUACCUAGUUUUCAGAUAGCCAUGCUUACCUCAGAGGAUCACAUUAACCGCAAAUAUGCUUUUAAGGCAGCCCAUCCAAACAUGCGGACCUAUUAUUUCUGCACUGAUACAGGAAAGGAAAUGGAGUUGUGGAUGAAAGCCAUGUUAGAUGCUGCCCUAGUACAGACAGAACCCGUGAAAAGAGUGGACAAGAUUACAUCUGAAAAUGCCCCAACUAAGGAAAUCAAUAACUUUCCCAACCAUAGAGUGCUAAUUAAACCAGAGGUCCAAAAUAACCAGAAAAACAAAGAAAUAAGCAAAAAUGAAGAAAAAAAGGCAUUGGAAGCUGAAAAAUACGGAUUUCAGAAGGAUGGUCAAGAUAGACCUUUAACAAAAAUUAACAGUGUGAAGUUGAAUUCUCUGCCAUCUGAAUAUGAGAGCGGGUCAACAUGUCCAGCUCAGACUGGACACUAUAGACCAGUCAACGUGAACAGUUCAGAGAACAAAACUGUCAAUGUCAGCCUGGCAGAUCUUAGAGGUGGAAGCCACCCAAAUACCGGGCCCUUACACACAGAGGCUGAUCGAGUCAUACAGAGGACAAACUCAAUGCAACAGUUGGAACAGUGGAUUAAAAUCCAGAAGGGGAGGGGUCAUGAAGAAGAAACCAGGGGAGUCAUUUCAUACCAAACGUUACCAAGAAAUAUGCCAAGCCACAGAGCCCAGGUUAUGGCCCGCUAUCCAGAAGGUUACAGAACACUCCCCAGAAACAGCAAGACCCGGCCUGAAAGCAUCUGCAGUGUAACCCCUUCCACUCGUGACAAAACAGUAGGGCCUGGAGCAGAAGAGAAACGGAGAUCAAUGAGAGAUGACACGAUGUGGCAGCUUUACGAAUGGCAGCAGCGUCAGUUUUAUAAUAAGCAGAGCACCCUCCCUCGUCACGGUACUUUGACCAGUCCUAAAACCAUGGUUAAUAUUUCUGAUCAGACAAUGCACUCUAUUCCCACAUCACCUUCCCAUGGGUCAAUAGCUGCUUAUCAGGGAUACUCCCCUCAACGAACAUACAGAUCGGAAGUGUCUUCGCCAAUUCAGAGAGGAGAUGUGACGAUAGACCGCAGACACAGGGCCCAUCACCCUAAGCAUGUCUAUGUGCCUGACAGAAGGUCAAUGCCAGCUGGCCUGACUUUACAGUCUGUUAGUCCCCAGAGCCUCCAAGGCAAAACGCCAGAGGAGCUUACGCUGCUGCUAAUAAAGCUGAGACGGCAGCAGGCCGAACUGAGUAGUGUCCGGGAGCAUACAUUAGCACAGCUCAUGCAGCUGAAACUUGAGGCCCACAGCCCAAAGAAUGAAAUUCUUUCACAUCAUCUUCAAAGGAACACCAUAUAUUUGGAUCAUCAGAUGAAAGAAAAUGAACCUAUUAUCACCAUGGUUCACACAAUGAUUGAGAACUCGGCGCUAAGACCCCAACUGUACCAGCAAUUCUUAAGACAGAAGAACAAGAUAAGUCUAUAUUGUCUGUCACAAGAUGAAUGUAGAGGCACAUUAUACAAAUACAGACCUGAAGAAGUGGAUAUUGAUGCCAAGCUAAGCCGGUUAUGUGAACAAGAUAAAGUGGUACAUGCUCUGGAAGAGAAACUUCAGCAACUCCACAAGGAGAAAUACACGCUUGAGCAAGCUUUGCUAUCAGCCAGCCAAGAGAUAGAAAUGAAUGCAGAUAACCCAGCAGCCAUUCAGACCGUGGUGUUACAGAGGGACGAUUUACAAAAUGGACUGCUUAGUACGUGUAGAGAACUCUCUCGAGCCACUGCCGAACUGGAACGAGCAUGGAGAGAGUAUGAUAAGUUAGAAUAUGAUGUGACUGUUACCAGGAACCAGAUGCAAGAACAGCUAGAUCGCCUUGGUGAAGUUCAGACUGAAUCAGCAGGAAUUCAGCGUGCACAGAUUCAGAAAGAACUUUGGAGAAUUCAAGAUGUCAUGGAAGGACUGAGUAAACACAAACAGCAAAGAGGCACUACAGAAACAGGUAUGGCAGGAUCAAAGCCUUUCUCAACAGUUAAGUACAAAAACGAGGAAGAGGAAGUAGUCCCACCUCGUCCUCCACUUCCUCGGUCCUAUGACUUUACAGAGCAGCCUCCCAUAAUCCCCCCUCUGCCCAGUGAUAGCAGCUCCUUGCUCUGUUAUAGCAGGGGCCCAGUCCAUCUGCCUGAAGAAAAGAAGAUUCAUCAAGUUCAAGGAUAUCCAAGAAAUGGAUCUCACUGUGGUCCGGAUUAUAGACUCUACAAGAGUGAACCAGAGUUAACAACAGUGGCAGAAGUUGAUGAGUCUAAUGGAGAAGAAAAAUCAGAACCUGUUUCAGAAAUGGAAACUUCUGUUAAAGGUUCCCAUUUUCCUGUUGGAGUAGUUCCUCCAAGGACCAAAUCACCAACACCUGAAUCUUCAACGAUAGCCUCUUAUGUAACCUUAAGGAAAACUAAGAAGAUGAUGGAUUCAAGAACGGAAAGACCAAGAAGUGCAGUGGAACAGCUCUGUUUGGCUGAAAGUACUCGACCUAGGAUGACUGUGGAAGAGCAGAUGGAAAGAAUAAGGAGACAUCAACAAGCGUGCCUGAGGGAAAAGAAAAAAGGAUUAAAUGUUAUUGGUUCUUUAGACCAGUCACCCUUACAAAGUCCCUCAGGCUUAAGGGAUAAUCCGUUCAGGAUUACCCAGACUCGAAAAAGGGAUGAUAACGUUAAGGAACUGGAUACUGUCAUUAGAGAAAAUGAUGUGAAGCCAAACCAUGAAACUCCUGCAGCAGAAAUUGUUCGACUAAAAGAAAGUGAACCUCAAAAUACAGAUUUCAGCAAAGAGUUGAAAAGCACUGAGGACAUUUUUUCCACAACACUUUUUAAACCUGAACCAAAUGGAGUGAAUUCUGAGGAAGUGAUGGAUAAAGAGAGAAACAAAGAGAAAAUGUCUGAGGAUGUUUCAUUCAGCCCUCAGAAUGAGACACAGAUCCCAAAUCAUAAAGCAGAAAGCCACCCUGAAGAAAAUAUAAAGGACGAUAUUCAUGAGCAGGAAGAAACUAUUGCUUCUUGUGAACAAACUCCUGAGGCUUCUAGAGGAAAUCAAACGAUGGCAGUGAAAAGUCUGUCCCCAUCUCCUGAGUCCUCGGCAUCGCCGGUUCCAGCCGCCCAGCCGCAGCUCACAGAAGGAUCCCAUUUCAUGUGUGUGUAGUCUCAGAAAAACUAUCCUGACUUCUGUCAAAAGCAUUGAAAGCUAAGGACGUGGACCUUCAGCAAUGUGAGAAGAUAUUGUACAGUAUACUUUAAAUCUAUGAAAUUCAUAGUUCUGAUGCUUUUGGCCACAGAGCAUCAUUUUAUCACUUCUGGAAAAUGUUUAUUCCAAACAGCUUUAAUGGCUCAUAUGUACACUCCGUAAUCCUAAGGUUGUUGUUCUGACACCAGCUUGCUGCUAUGAUUUCAGAGCACAUAAGUAAAGGUGCUUUUUUAAUGUGCGGUCUACAGCCAGAGCUCACUCAGUUGCUGAUUUCCAGAUUUUGAUGUUUCUAAAAUUUAGGUGGAUUUAUAUUUCUUUUUGCUUUUCAGUACAUAAAUUUAGUUAUUAUUUCGAAUGAAGCUUGUUUUCCUUUUUUUUUUUUUUCCUUCCCAUUUUUGGCUACUGCAAUGCUUUGUUUCACACUUGAUUUGUAAAAAUUUUAUAUAUAUAUUUAAAAUGUGCCAUUUUAUUACUGCUAAGUGAAGAAUGUCCUGUUUUCUGCUACUAUUAUUUCUCAGAUUGCAGCGUCAGCAGUUACUGCCACACUCUUGUCAGCUUAAACACAAAUGUUACCGCUUCCUGUUUCUUAAAGGUACAAUUUAAAAUGUAGGUAUUUUGAAGUACUGGGCUUAUACUUCAUUGGGAUAGAUGUGUACAGCAAUAAGCAGGUUUUCCAAUCCAGUACUUAGUUUGUGUACAAAUGUAAUUAUGUUCAUUGUGUAUAUAUUAUACAAUGAGCACAUGUAAGUAUUAAAGGCUACUUACUAUUGUUUAAAUGCAAAUGUUCAUAUCUCAUUUCUUUUUUAUCAUGUUAAAUAAAUGUUGAUGUUCUUAAA